UAGCGUCCGUCGGGGAAACAGUUGACAGCAGACAAGAGCAGGCCGGAGUGGGUAAACAAAACAAACAUAUUAAAAAAGAGCUAAAGCAACCCAUAAGUUUGAUCUACUUUAUAUCCGUAGGAUGUGUAACAUUUUUCUAAAGCGGUUUGAAACCUGUUAAAGGGGAAAGUCGUUUGCAAAGAGAGGGCGUGCACCUGUCAAAGCUAAAUAGGUUAACCUAGCUAACGUGUGCUAGCACGUUAGCAAGCUAGCUGGCUCGUUAAACCCGCUCAGGUUAGCUAGCUAGCUGGCCAGCCAUGUCGUCCCCGUCCUCCUCCAGGCGCCAGUGGUGCUACUUGUGCGACCUGCCAAAGAUGCCGUGGACUGUGGUGUGGGACUUUAGUGAAGUAGUUUGCCGUGGCUGCGUGAACUACGAAGGAGCUAAUCAGAUUGAGUUCCUUAUAGCGAGUGCCCGACAGCUAAAACGGACUCACGGGAUGCAGGACGGUAACGUCAGAUCACCUGGUCCCUCGUCCAAUAAACACGGCACAUCUGGCAGAGGAGAUGCUUCAGCGGACGGAGGCAGGCCGCACACGGACCGCUACGAAAGGGGAGGAAGAGGAGAAAGUACCGUGUCAGCUAUUCGUGUACCGCCCAACGGGCUGCACCGUGACGGCCAGCCGCCUCAAGAAGUGAACCGUCAGAGUCCAAGCGGCAGCCGACGACCCAUGCUCGGCGCUGCCAUCCCUCCUAGUUUAGUAACUCAAAGUAUUGCAGGCAUUCCCCAUGGGCUACUUGCGGGCAUGCCGGCGGGUCUGACCGCCAGGACAGCCCCUAUGAGCAGCCCCAUGAUCUUCCCUGCCCCGGUGCUGGCUGAGAUGAGCCGCAGGCAGCUGGGGAUAGGGAUGGGGAUGGCCCCUUUUAUCACUCCGGAGCUGGAGCGAGAGCUCAGUUCAUCCCAGAAUCAGCCCAAGAUACAGACGCAGGUCCACACUGCUCUGGCUGGCAGCAGCGCCAGCAAGAGUACAGGGCUCCCUUCUUCGUCCUCGACUCUGGCUGGAGGUGUAAGCCAGACAAGCCCAAAGCCUGCCUCAUCUCCAGCCAGGCAGCCACGCCCCCUAACCGCGAGGUCCGGAGGGGAGCCCCUGGGAUCCAGCACCUCAGCAGAGGCUGCCACCACAGCUGCAGCUUUACCCCACAGUGGUGCCUCUGAGCUGGGGUCAGCAUCUGGUAGCAGCACCCAUUCAACCGGAAACACUCUGUCCUGCACCUUGUGUCAUGAGAGGCUGGAAGACACACACUUUGUUCAGUGUCCAUCAGUGCCAGGCCAUAGGUUCUGCUUUCCCUGCACCAGAGUAUACAUCCAGAGCCGGCGAGGUGAUGGGGAGGUGUAUUGCCCCAGCGGAGACCGCUGUCCGUUAGACAACUCUCCAAACAGUCCCCCAUGGGCCUUCAUGCAGGGAGAAGUCUCCACUAUUCUGGGCACUGCUGGAGCAGGAGCUCCAUCAGCUGCUGCAUCUGGAGCUGGGAACGGGCCCGGCCCUGGAGCUGCAGCUGCUUCCGCAGCAGGGAGCGGAGCUGCCAGUGGAGCCGGAGCUGCCAGUGGAGAUGUCACCGUCAAGAAAGAGAGAGAGACGUGAUGAUGAUUUCCAUGGAAACCAGGACCCAACACAGCAACAGAGUCAUGUCACAUACCAGAAGAACACGUCUGCAAGGGAGCUCUGAAAGAUCCAGAAGAGAAGCAACACAGAGACCCACGGUUCUAAAACCUCCAUUACACAGGUCUUGACCACAGCAACUCACACCACCCAAUUUUAUCAGCAUUAUUGGACCUAAAAUUGCCUUGAUGAUGCACUGUUGGAAUCAGAUAUUCAGGGCCAAUCAGCAGCUGAAUAAUGGCUACUUUUUGUAGAGUUCGUAUUAGUUGUGCCAGUUGAAACAACAGUGUGACUUGAGUGCAAUGGUAGGGGUGAAGAGGAGUGUGACAUUUAGUGGCUAAUGUUAUCAAUAGCACCUUGACAAAAAACAGUGUGAACAGGACUACUGAAAUGUCUCAAUUUCUCUAUAGGGCCACCAUUGUAUUAAUGUAUCAUUGUCAUUGGUUUUAUUUGCUAAAAGUAGCAAGCAUCGCUACAAAUGGUAGCUUGUUAGCAGUCCCAGUGUGUAUUGGUUAUAUUACCCUUCUUAAACUCACAGAAAGUAGCCAUGGUCCAGUGUUUAUUGUAACAGUACAUUAAGUAUUGUGUUUUCACGGGGAAGCACAAAAGUUUGUUUUUUACAAAUCCAACACAAAUGUUUAUAUACUAAAACAGUGACCACGGUUGUUCCAUAUCUUUCUCGUUGAUGAACAAACUGUUGGCCGGCAGCAUGCAGAAGGAGGAUAUCAGACUGUUGGCAGAAAAAUACAGGCUGUUCUGAGUCGAAACAAGUUGGAACUUAACUGUCUCGGACAAAAUGCCAUUUUCUCUGCCAGUGCUUCCUCUAAAUGAAAUAUUUGUGUUUCUACAAAUACAAUUUACAUGACAUGAAAUUGGCAUUUAUGAUGAAAAAGUGUACCUUAAAUUUGAAAUGCAGAAUUGUUAUUUUUUAUUGUUUGAUGACUGAAUCCUUUACCUGGCGCACAAUCAGUUGUUUUUUUUUUUUUUUUUAAACAGAAAGAAAAAUCUUAAACAACUAAACAUGAGAUUUGGACAGGAUGCCAGUAGUGUCAUUUUUCUGUGCAUUUCUUUUUUUUUCCCGCUUAAAUAAAGCUGACUGACUCAGAGAGAGGAAAGCGUGUAGAAACAAAAAGUUAAUCUUUCAAAGCAUAGACCAGCCAGAGACUCUUGUGUUUAACUGUAUUUAAAUGUUGCUUUCAUACAAGAUCCAGCCCAGCCUACGCUUUACCCUGAAUGUAUAUGAAAGAUAUCUAUUGAUAGGCCUAGGACUAUAUUUUAUACUAGAAUGUUAAAUGUUAUAUACUGUAUAGAUCUAUAAUAGUAUGUGCAAUCCUUAGUCCUAGUAUAUGCAACAGUUUGGAAUAUGUAAUUAAAACGAUUGUGUAUCAUUUCUUAAACCUUUUGUUUUUAAAGUGAGAAUCCAUCUAAAAGCAGAAAUGUCCUUCUGUAACCCUGGAAGGUGUAUUAUUGUUCAUGAAUUUGUUUCUCCCAAAAAGACAAGACUUUUUAUCACCUGACACUUUCAUGGAGUAGGAACUGUACUUUUUACAGUCAAAAGAAUAUUUUUAGUUUGCAGAUGGUGAAAUUAAUCUUAACCUCACAGUUUGUUUAUUUUGCUCUCCGCUUAUAUCCAGCAUUCCAUUCAUGUCAGUGGAACAAAUGUGGAUGACCAUACAUACUGUACAUCUAGUCCAAACUCUCUUCGUCAGUUACAAAGAAAUGUGCAGGGAUUUAAUGUUCCGAAAAUCCAACAUCCAACAAAUUUGUUUUUUAGUGGAUUCUCUCUUUAUGUGCAGUAUGUACUUGCCAGUACAGAAGCACAGACAAACCAAAGGUAAUUUUACGCCCAAACUGAUGUUUCUGGAUGUAAAUGUUUCAUGGGGGAAAAGAAAAUAUUGCUAUAUUUUUUGGCCAGGUCUUAGCCGGCUGUCUUCAUCAAGCCGUUACAGUUUACAGGCCCAUGUGGUCUACUGUACGUACGGGAUUUCAUAAAGAGUAAAGGUCUAUAGUACGCAGCAAGUACUAAUGUCGGCCUUCUAUAUCGAGAGAAUAUCCCACAGAUCAGGUCUGUUUUAGAGAAAUGUCUUUGAAGAAGUGGAAUUUAAGUUUAAUAUGCACUGAUACAUCAUGCAAUCCCUUGUUAAGUGCCUUUUUAAAAUGUUUACCGUCUGUUUGUGUGUCUGGGAACCUCAGGGGAAGUCGGAGUGCAAUGGCUUUUUUAUUGUCUAGUCAAUGAUUAACCUGAAUCUGUUUCCCUUCAAUCACCAUCAGACGGCUUUUGCUUUCAUCCGAAGCCUUUGUAAAGUUGGCCAGCCAUUUAUUGUCUCGAUAUGGUCUCUCCUCACAUCUCUCUUUUUUUCAUUUUUGUGUCAUCUUUAGAUCUGUUGGUUUUAUUGCAGCUUUAUGUACAAAAUAGAAACCAGGAAUAAAUGGGAUGGAAACUUGUACUCCUUUUUCUGUUUCUUGAGUUUCACCACUGAGAUUAAAUCAUGUUAAAUACC